AUGUUCUCCCUCCAUUCGUUAUCUUUGUCUUCAGCUAAGCCCCUUCCAGUAAACCCACGUAACUCUUCUCUACGGAAACUCAUAAGCACGGUUACCGCCUACUCAAUUUCCAAUGCUUCCGACUCUGAUGAUGCACUGGCCGCAUUUUCCGGUCAGCAGAGUAAUUAUUCUGGUGCGAAAAUAGAAGAACCAGUGGAAUUGAAAUCCGGCAAGCUGAGAUUGGACUCAUGGAUCUCUUCUCGCAUAAACGGAAUCAGUAGAGGUAGAGUUCAGUCCAGCAUUCGUUCAGGAUUGGUGACUGUUAAUGGCCAUGUCAUCAAAAAGGUUUCUCACGUGGUGAGAGAUGGGGAUGUGGUGAACUGCCAGAUAGCGGAGUUGCAGCCUUUGAAGGCUGAGCCAGAAGACAUUCCUUUGGAUAUAGUUUAUGAAGAUGAACAUGUGCUUGUUGUUAACAAGCCUGCUCACAUGGUUGUUCAUCCUGCUCCAGGAAAUCCAACAAGUACACUUGUAAAUGGAAUUCUUCACCACUGCAAACUUUCCACCGUCUGUUUCAGUCCAGAAGCACUGACUGAGACUGAUGAUGAUUCAGGAGAUGAUGUCUGUGCUUUUCCUGUAAGUCAAAGUCGUAAUGAAAGUAAUGGCAUUGGCUUAUCUGAGGAAUCUGUACGCCCUGGAAUUGUCCACAGAUUAGAUAAAGGGACCAGUGGAUUGCUGGUCGUUGCAAAGGAUGAGCAUUCUCACGCCCAUCUAGCUGCACAGUUCAAGAAACACACUACAAAGAGAGUCUAUGUAAGUCUUACCUGUGGAGUGCCCUCACCACUUUCCAACCACGUAGAUAUCCCUAUAGGUCGCGAUCCAAACAACAGAAUUCGUAUGACUGCUAGUGCUGGACUUGGAACCCGUGGAAAGGCCCGCAAUGCUGUUAGUAGGUACAAAGUAAUUGAAAUACUUGCUGGUGGUGGCUGUGCAUUGGUUGAAUGGAGGUUAGAAACGGGGCGAACACAUCAGAUCCGAGCCCACGCAAAGUAUGUUGGUAUCCCACUAUUGGGAGAUGAAUUGUAUGGAGGAACUAAGAGCAUGGCCAUAUCAUUGCUUCAGUCAAGGAGCCCAGCUAGCCAUCAUCGUCAAAUUUCGCAACUAGUCGAUAGAUUAGACAGACCCUGCCUUCAUGCUUUAGUUCUUGGAUUUACGCAUCCACGCACAGGAGAAGACUUAUGUUUUCAUCAGAUGCCACCGACUGAUUUUGCAGAGAUUUUGGAUCAGCUCCGGGAAAUUGGCACCAAGAAGGCAAUGUAG